AUGGCACAGUCAUCAGCGGGAUACCUAUCUUCUCAGGAACCAGAAACCACCUGCAAUGUGACAAAAAUCUUUAGUGGGCAAGAUGAUGGGAUGGAAGUGACAAAAUGUCAGACAUCUGAUGUUAAGACUGUAUUUCCUGGCACUUAUGAGGCUCCACCAGAGCGAUUGGUGUGUGCGGAUGUUACUGAGGUGUUUGCAGAUGAUGGUAUGGAUAUGACAAUUAAUUAUACUGCAAAAUUGUCUUUUCCCUUCUCCAAAAUUGAGAAUCUAAGUCUAAACUUCAAAAAGGAUUUUCCAGCCACAGAAUUAGAUAAUAGUUCUAUAUUAAAGAGAACACCUACGCUGCAACUGCCUAUUCAGGAGAACCCUCAGCUUUGUACAGACAAGGCAAUGGUAAAUGCUGAAAACAGGCUAGAUACUACAGUGCUGCAAGCCAUUGAUCAACAGCCCCAAACAAUGUCUGUGAUUCCAGGAUCUAUUUCUUUUGACACUGUCUUUCAGUGUGAUAAAACUGUUGCUUUUUCUACAGGCGAUGACAUGGAAAUCACUGGGAAUUAUACAGGCGUAAUCAACAAUGAAAGUACCAAGGGACUUGGCAGUUUAUGUGGUAAAGCUAUGGAAAAAACAGCUAAUACAAAGUCUUUGCCUGCAGAGCAUUCACACCCAGCAUGUGAUGAUGAUAGGGGCAUUACAAAAAAUCUAGCUGAUAAAAUUAUCCCAAAAGUUCUCUGUGAUGAUAAACCCAACUUGGAUAGAGAGGCUGGACAGGAGGUUCUUUCAAAUAGCAGAGCAUCCAUGUUUGUUAUGGAUCGUAUGGAAAACACUGAAACAUAUAACGGAGCUUUGCAAAAAAAUUCUGUGCAAGGUAGGCAGCAUGAUCAGUCUAUUCCUUUAACUUCCAUUGAUAAAACAAUUAUGUUUACAGGUAAACAGAAUGACAUGGAAAUGACUGUUGAUAACAGUGUUGAAAGAAUCUUAUCUCAGGACAGGUUAAACCUAGCUAAGCAGGUUGGAAAGGAGGCUGUUUUAAAUGGCAAAACAGUUAUCUUUGUUUUCCCCGAGGAUAUGGAGAUCACUAAAACUCAUACAGCUAUAUUAAGUGGUGAGAUGGAUUUACAGGAUAGACCAUCCAUUUCUUCUCUUCCUGCGGAUAAAACCAUUGUGUUUACAGAUAACCAAGAGGAUAUGGAAAUAACUGCACCUCAUAGUGUUGCUCUUAGUAAUGAGGUUAAAGAAUCCAAAGAACUGUCAUGUAAAAGCACUCGGCAACCAAGCUCGCAGAGUGUGUUGUCAGCCUCUUGCAGCGAGGGAACGUAUUCCCCUUGUGCAAGAGACCUAACUGAUGAAUAUCCUGCAGAGUCUAAGGAUAAGCCUGACCAUUCCGCUUCAUCAGCCUUUCUGUUUCCUAGUGAAAAAGAAACUUUUAGAGACCACAGUGAUGCAAUAGCAGAUUCUGUUUAUAUGGUCUCGCUUCCAGGAGACAUUUCGGAUAUCUGCACACCACACAGUCCCACAGAUAAUUCUGUUUCUGUAAACGAACAAGAUCUAGGAAAACUGAAGUCAAGGAGAGUCUCUGUCAAGCUUUCAGGUAAUGUUCUCAUGGAUUUCAAUGAAGGAGGUGAAGAUCUGGUGUCUCAUGUUUCACUUCCCAUCCAGCAGUCAGAUUGUCUGAAGAAUGUUCCUGAGAUGCUUAGUACUCAAGGAAACCAAGUCUUGAAAGAUGAUUCAUCUAGACAGGAAGAUCUAGCUGCAGAGUUAGUCACGGAUGGCUCGAGAAUUGUUCCAGUUUCUGACAACAAAUCAAAUGAAAAUGAUGUGUUUUCACCUGAGGGGGAGAAACUUCCAGAAGACUUCCAAAAGAACUCUGAACAGACUGGACAACUUUCAGUCAGUGACAUUCCAGGAAAUCAAAUAGAUCCCACUCUGGUAUCUAAAUUAACAGAUAUUUUAAAUACUUGUUCAAAACUGGAAAAUAUUAGAAGGAGAUCUGCACUUGUGUCUAUUUCUGAAGUAACUUCUGUUGACCCCUUUCCUGAAUCACCAGCUCCAUCAGAGGAAACUUUGAGCACAGGUAAAACUACUGCUGAGGAGGAGAACGUGUGUCUUGAAUCCGGAGCUGCUCCAAUACAAGCAAACUUGGAUAUGGCGCUUAAGGACAAAUAUCAGGGAAUAAAUGUCCCUCUAGGUAUCUUUCUGCCUAAAUUACCAAGUAGAAGAAAUCCUUCUGUUUCUAGUGAGAAAGACAUAAAUGUAAAAUCUUCAAACAAAAUAGAAGCAGUGGUUUCUGAAGUAAGCCCAGGCGCUGCAGAAAGCCCAGAUGGCAACAACUGUAGUGGGCAGAACCUAAACCUUUCUCAUUUUAUAGCAGAGGAAUUUCUUCCCGUCUUCCUAGAAGAAAUGGAUUCACAUGAAUCUGUAAAUUCUGAACCAGAAGGAGACUCCAAUGAGAUGAACAAAAGAGAAACCCCUUACAACCAAAGGACUCAAUCUGAAAAGGCAAAAGCCUCCAACAGCCCCAAAAGAGCUUUGGAACAUGAUGAAAAGCUUUCAAAGCUAAAGAAGCUCAAAAUGGAUGAAUCUUUGGAUGGUGAGGCCUCCCAAGACUUGCAGGUUAUCUCUGCUGCUGUCUCUAAAAGCCAAAUAGAAAUUCACGAAGAUGAAGACUCUCCAGCUAAAAGCCCUGAAUGUACGCAGGCCAACACCAGCAGCUCUCUGGAUUCUGUUAAGGCCGACACAGAAUUAACUACUCAGCGAAGCAGCCAGAUGGAAUCUCAGCUUUUCAUAGACAGCAUUUGUGAAGAUAACUUAUGGGAGAAAUUUCAAAGUGGUGUUAUCACAGUUGGAGAGUUUUUUACUCUUCUUCAAGUCCACAUUCCAAUUCAGAAACCCCGACAGAGUCAUCUUCCAGCUAAUUACACAGCGAGCACACCACCUACUGCAGAAGACCUGCUUUACAGCCAAUACAUGUAUCGGCCCACACUGCGUAUUUAUGAAGAAGAUUGCCAGGUCCUUUCUCAAAUGAUAGAUGAAUUAAAACCUUACGCAAGUGUCCAGAAUCAACUCUUGGUGAAUGUAAAUAGGAGCUUGUGGGAAGUGAUGAGAACCUGCUCCGAUGAAGAGCUGAAGAGCUUUGGAGCAGAAUUGAACAAAAUGAAAUCCUCUUUCACCAAGGAAAGUAAAAUCCUUGCUCACAAUGGGAAAGUGACAUUGUACAGCAAAUUGUUGCAGAGCACACAGGAACAAUGGGAGAAACUACAGACAAGAAUAACACAAAUGGAUGAAAUUCUCACAGAGGCAGAGAGCUGUCUUGCUGCUCUGGAAGGAGAUUCUGGCUGGGAUGAAUUUGAAGCAGAAUGUGAUGAAAAGGCAGGGUGCGAGCCCAAAGGGAGAAAAAUAGACGAAGAAUUGGAAAACCUAAGAGCUCAAGAAGAGGAACUUCAAAGAGAACUGUCAGAUCUUGAGACUGAGAAGGAGCAAGUGCUUGCUGAGAUAAAUCAGCUACAGAAGAAAGAAAAAGGCUGUGAGGAACUUCUGAACACAUACAACAACUUCAAUGAGUGGGAAAUUAGUGAAUGGAGUGAUCAACAGGCAGUCUUUACUUUUCUUUAUGAUUCUGUUGAAUUCACAGUAGUCUUUGGAUCACAAAUUGAUGGUGAUUUUUUUGGCGGCAUUCCCUGCAGAAAGAUAGUGAGCAUGAGCUUUGAAUCUCUACUGGAUGAGGAAGAAGCUCCACUUUCUUCACGUUUAGUCCAAAGGCUCAUCUUCCAGUUCAUUGAAAGUAAAGGAUGCUGGCAGGAAAGGUGUCCCACACUCCACUACUUGCCCCAGGUGCUUCAUGACAUCUCUUUGGUUGUGAGUCGUUGUAAGGUCCUAGGAGAGGAGAUUGAAUUUCUGGAGAAAUGGGGUGGAAAAUUUAAUCUUCUAAAGACAGAUAUCAACAACACAGAAGUGAAGCUUUUGUUCUCCAGUUCCACAGCUUUUGCAAAGUUCACAUUGACCCUGUCGUUGUCUGCCAACUACCCUUCAGCUUCACUGCCUUUUACUGCCCAAACAAAAAUUGGGAACAUUGGCGAGGAGGAAAUUUCUGCUGUUCUGUCCAAAGUACCAACUGGUUACCACUAUCUGCGGAGAAUGGUCAGCUCAAUUCAUCAGAAUCUGCUCCAAGGUCCGAGAUGA